AUGCCGUCCAACGCCCAGCAGAACAUCUGGAAGCAGAUGAACUACACGCCCCCGCGGGGGUCAUGCAACCACAAGGAGUCCUUACUGUCUCCCAAAUGUCCCUGCCUGCGCUUCAUGCUGCACCCGCUAAAGGUACGUACCAUACCCAACUUCUGCCCGCCCAACCCUAGCACGACCUCCCCGCCUCUCACGGCCUCCCUCCGCAACCGCUGCCUCGCCAACAACAACCCGCCCCAUCUCCGUUUAAAAAGCCCCAACCCUUUCCCCCUUCUUGGCCCAGCCGAGCCCAGCCCUUCCAGCACCAGCACCACCAUCACCAUGACGCAAAACCACCCCUCCCAAAUAGCACCACCUAACCCACCCACACAGGUCACAUCCUCCUUCACCUGCGACGGCUGCAACCACCACGCCUCCUUCCACAACAUGUCCUCCCCCACCGACGACGCCAUCAUCGCCCGCUGGACCACCGAACAAUCCACCGACCCUCCCCCCGCCGCCCCCCGCUCCCGCAAACGCCCCCGCCGCGCCCUCAUCGAAGCGCCCCCCUCCGUAACCAACAGCGCCGCCCCCACCGAGCACGAACCCGCCGACGCGCUGGACGCCUCCUUCCUGUUCAGCGAGGACGUCGAGUGGAUAGACAACGGCGGCCGCGGCGCGGGCGCGUCGUUCAAUGGCAGCGAGGCUGGAGGCAGCACCAUCGGCGGCGGCGGUGCGAGGGGGAUGCGGGACGGUGGGAGUAGGACGUGGGGUGAUCGCUUUAGCAGUUGGAGCUUUGGCCGGGCGGCGGCGGAGGAGCCGGUGAAGACGCCGCCGAAGAGGCAGCAGCCGGGGGAGAAGGGGAGGAAGAAGAGCGCGAGGGUGUCGUCGUCGCAGCGGGGUCGGCAUCAGCAGCGGGAUGAGGAUGAGGAAGGGGGGAGUGGGGUGGUCGAUUUGGAUUGA